AUGGAAACAGAUUUCUAUACACUUCCUGGAUCCCAUAAACCGAAUACUCAUCCUCAUAUAUAUCCUCAUCUGCCACACUUACACCAUAUUGAAGAUGAAAUCACUCAUCUUUUAAAACCAAACCGUUCUCAAAGUCUGACAUAUUUCAACUAUGAAGCUACCCCUCAAAGAGAACGUAUCUCUUCUAGAUUUGAUCUUUCCAAUCCAAAUAGAAAUAAACUAGGUACGUACGAUGGUGUAUUCAUCCCAACGUCUUUAAACGUCCUUUCUAUUUUAAUGUUUUUAAGAUUCGGUUUCAUCUUGGGUCAAUUAGGUAUUCUUUGCACAAUAGGGUUAUUACUAUUAAGUUAUUUCAUUAAUCUUUUAACUACACUAAGUAUAUCAGCUAUCUCUACAAACGGUGUAGUUAGAGGCGGUGGUGCUUAUUAUAUGAUCUCCAGAUGCUUGGGUCCCGAAUUCGGUGGUGCCAUAGGUCUUGUAUUUUUCUUGGGUCAAGUCUUUAAUUCAGGUAUGAAUGCUAUUGGUAUUGUGGAACCAAUUCUUUACAAUUUCGGUUCCAAUAAUGGUGUCAUCUCACCAAUCUUACCAGAGACUCAUUGGUUUAAUUUCUCCUAUGCCACAAUCAUCUUAUUAUUCUGUUUGAUAGUGGCAUUAAUUGGAUCUCAAUUAGUCUCUAAAGCUGGGAAUAUUUUAUUUUUCGUUCUAAUGGUUUCCAUCAUUUCAAUACCUAUUUCCUCCAUCUUACAAUCACCUUUUGAAAAUGAUAUUAUAUCAUACACUGGACCUUCAUGGGAAACUUUCCAAGGAAAUUUAUUCCCACAGUUUACCAAAGGUGCUGCAGGAUCUUUACUACAAAACUCUAAAGAAACUUUCAACGAUCUAUUUGGUGUAUUUUUCCCUGCUACUGCAGGUAUCUUUGCCGGGGCAGGCAUGUCUAGUGAAUUAAGAAAACCUUCUAAAUCUAUUCCCAAGGGGACUCUAUGGGGGUUAGCUUUCACUUUCAUCUGUUAUGCUAUUGUCGUGAUUUCAAUGAGUUUUACUAUCCCUCGUGAAAGUUUAUAUAAAGAUGUUCAAAUCAUUCAAUCAGUAUCUAAAGUUCAAUUGAUCAUCUUAUUGGGUGAAUUAUCCACUUCUAUUUUUUCCAUCAUCGUCGGUAUCGUGGGUGCUGCUUAUGUGUUAGAGGCAAUCGCCAAGGAUACUAUCUUACCAGGUCUUUCCAUUUUCUAUAAAAAACCUUUAUAUUCAAUUUUAUUCACUUGGUUAUUGACUCAAUUAUGUUUAUUCUCAGAUGUCAAUAAGAUUGCCACUUUCAUUACAAUGACUUUUCUUUUAACUUUCAUAGUAAUGAAUUUGGCAUGUUUCCUUUUAAAAGUAUCAUCAGCACCAAAUUUUAGACCAUCUUUUAAAUAUUUCGAUAGACAAACAGCUUGUUUGGGGGUCAUAUGCUCCAUCUUAGCCAUGUUUAUUGUAAACACUUUACAGGCCUUGGCAGUAAUGUUUGCCAUGUCUAUUUUAUUUGUAAUCAUCCAUUAUACUUGUCCACCAAAGAGUUGGGGUGAUGUUUCACAAACUUUAAUUUAUCAUCAAGUAAGAAAAUAUCUAUUACGUUUAAAACAAGAUAAUAUCAAAUAUUGGAGACCACAAAUACUUUUAUUUGUAGAUAAUCCAAGAACAAGUUGGAAUUUAAUCAGAUUUUGUAAUCAUUUGAAAAAAGGUGGUCUAUACGUAUUAGCUCAUGUCACGGUCUCCAAUGAUUUCCAAGAUCAGUUUGUCAAUUUUAAAAAUCAACAAAGAGCUUGGCAUAAGAUUAGAGAUAUGACCCAAAUUAAAGCCUUUGUUCAAAUAGGUAUGGGCCCAACUUUACAAUGGGGGGUUAGAAACGUCUUUACAGGUUCCGGUUUAGGUGGUAUGAAACCUAAUAUAACUGUACUUGGGUUUUUCGAUAUGACUAAUUUUAAAAAACAUGCAAUACAUAAUACAAUUCCUAGCUCGGAUUCCAAUGCAACCACUAGUACUGAUUCUAAUACUAUUCCUAAUCUACUCCCUAAUGCAUUCUCCAAUUCAGAACCUUGCAAUUGUUUCAAAUUACCCACUGAUGAUUGUAAAAAUGAAAAUAAAGUUACUCCAACUCAAUGGGUACAAAUAUUAGAAGAUUUAUCUCUAAUGGGUUCGAAUAUUGCUGUGGCCCAUGAUUUCAAAAAAUUAAAUCUUCCUUCUAAAAAUAAGAAAAAUCCAAAAUUGAAGAAAUUUAUCGAUUUAUAUCCUGUUCAAAUGUCUGCUCAAAUGACCUUAAAAGAUCAAUCCUCGUCAAUAAUUACAACGAAUUUUGAUACUUACACUUUAAUAUUACAAUUAGGUGCUAUCUUAGUCACGGUACCUGAAUGGAAACAUACUCAUACUUUACGUGUCAUUUUAUUUGUAGAAAAGGAAAAUAAAAGAAAUGAUGAAUUAGAUAGAAUGAAAAAAUUAUUAGAUGCCUUGAGAAUUGAAGCUGAAGUCUUGGUAGUCUCCUUAGAUCAAUUUAGAACUUAUCAAACAAUCGUAAAGGGGACUUUAAUAGAUUUCGAACAUGUAAAUAAUAUGUUAAAAGAUGAUUUAUGGUGGCAAGAAUUAGUAGAAUCAAGAAGAACUUUAAAACCAACAAGAAGAUUUUCAACAACUAACACAGCAGCACCUAUAAUAGAUCGUCCAACAAAUAUUUUACAACCUAAAAAAUUCGAUAUGUCAAAAUUAAUGAGACAUGGAAUUUCCCUUACAAUGACUUCAAAUAUGCCCUUAAAUACAACUGCUUCUGCAGUUUCAAGUGAAUAUUCAGAUGAAGAUAGUAUUUUACCCUCAAUGCGUGAUUCAACUUUAUCUAUCCCAUCUUUGGAUCAACGUUUAAAUUAUGAAUCUUCUAGAAGACAACAAACUAUGGGCAGAAGAUCUCCUACUUUGAAAAUGCUUCAUCCAAAUCAAUCUACAACUUCUGUUAAUCCUGUAUUCUCAAGUAAUACUAUACCAAUAACAAAAAUCUUGGAAGACGGUUCAGGUGAUAAACCUACAUUAAUUCCAAUCGAGGAGAAUAAUCAAAAUGAUGAUCAAGAUGAUGAAGUUCAACCUGAGAAUUUAGAAAUUUCUCCAGCUUGCUCAAAUGAAAGCUUAAUCGCAGCUAUGGAAAAUUUAGGCUUCAAUGAUAUGCCAAGUAAAGCACAGCAUUUAAUCUUAAAUGAUAUGAUGAGCCAGCUUUCAAGCACAUCGGAUUUGAUCUUCUCCACUCUACCUUUACCGCCUCUUGGAACACAUCUUAAUGAUGAAGCUGCUCUGCGAUAUGUACAAGAUUUAGAUAUUUGGUUGGAUGGAUUGGCUCCAACUAUGCUGAUCAACUCACAAUCCUUAACAGUUACAACUGCAUUGUGA